ACUUUGAAAACUGGCAUGUGAUCGUCCUAAAAUGGUUCCCUUUCGGGUACUGAUGAAUUGCCAGUGACCAGGUCGUGCAAGGCUUUGAGCUCGUUCUCAACCAAUAUGGAGGCCAUCCUAUCUAAGCUCAAAGCCAAAGCAGAGAUUGCUCCAGACAAUGCUUUACUUCGAGACACCAUCUCAUUGCUGACAGAUAUACAACGCAAUGAAACAAUUACUCAGCGCAUCACUUGGGACAAUCUCAUCCGGGAUUUCCAACGGCUACAGGAUCAAGGACUAUGGGACAUAUCCGAAGAUAACGCAAAUCUUUUGCAUACGCUGCGUAGUUCAUUGACUACUCAACCGUUCAAGAGGCCAGACCGUAAACCCGCCAGCAAUAUGCCCGCACCCUCUCAUCCAGCUAGCAGAGUAUUCGAGGGUUCUGUCUCAAUCAUCUAUCCGGAUUCUGAAUCUGCACCAUCUCCCUUUAUUCCAACAUCUGAUCCAGUAUUGCUUCCCUUAGAGCUGGUAGAAAUCCUUAACCGCACAUACUUCCAUCACCUGCUUGCCACAGAUCCAAAACGCGUUGUCCCUCCUGGCAAGUCCCUCGUUUCAAUGCUGUCUGGCUCACCCAAAGAGGGCGAAGACGCCAGAAAGCCUACUUUGCGCGACAAGGUUGAGGAUCUCGUGCAUAAAGCCUUCUGGGACGAGGCCAUAGAAUCACUCUCGAAUCCAGAGCCUUCUUGCCAGAUACCGCGCAUCAAAUCGUUGUACCAAGACCUCCUCAUUACACUGACACCUCUUCUCCCAUCUCGGAGCCCUGUCAUUACCACACUUUCCUCACCGUUACCUCCGACGUCUUCCCCAUUAGAUUCGGCUAUCAUGCAUUUACGUGAGGUUGUAACGUCUUUGCGCAACCGUUGCGCGCCAGUCCAGGACGAAGAGCUCGAUAACCUUCUUCGUUCAUUGGACGAACCUCCCCCCCGGUCGUCGCGUCCUAUCUCAUUAGCCACGCUAGUGGUAGACACGGUGAAAUCCAUACUGAGAAUUGCGGACAUUAUGAAAGGACAGCUCUCCCAGUUCGUGUUGGGAAACAUGACUGAGCAGCAGCUACAGUCUAUAAUAUCUAAACAGGCAAAAACUAAAGAACGCAAGGACAUCUUGGAUAUUUGGAAGAGCUGGCGGAUAGAGCAUAGCUGGCUGCUAUGGCUUGAGAACUAUCAACCAUCUUUUCAGGUUAACGGCGUCGCCGCUGAGCCGCAAUUCAAAUGGAUUGUGCGACUUGUACAGGCGCUAGGAUCAUCGACCCCUAUAUCCUGUCAAUUACCGACCAGAGAACCACAGUCCAUUGAGAACUCCCUUCCGCCGAUUUUUUUCUUCUCUGCUCCUGCGCUGCUCGAAACUCAGAAUUACCUACAAGCACUCGUGAUCGCUGCUUCUCUACGCACCUUGAUCCGUGUGCCUCAAGGUGCACAAGCGAGCGACACGAUGGGCUUCAUGGAGCGGUUGUGGAUCCUUCUCAAAGCCGAAGUUAUUGAAGAGCCAGGUUCGGGCGACACAAAGCUCGUGCAUCUCGCUGAUGAAGUUGUUCGUGCUCGCCAGCUGGAAGGCGCCAUGCUCUCUGGAGAGGAAGAGACCAAGCUUCACGCGGCUGUUGUUCGCACACUCAACCAUAAUGACCCUGUGUUUAUGCUACUACAGAAACGGAUACUGAAAGCGUUGGUUGACGCACUUGGACAUCAACGGUCUGAAUCUAGACAAGCUGGAGCACAUACAGGACCACCCAGAAUGCAGACAGGGCAAGAUGGCAAGCGUGCCGAGAAGCGAACUCGGAUGAUGAUAGUUUUAGAUCCAAAAGAAUUUGAUGCGGGACAUGGUGCAGAGACACCUGAAUUAAUAAUUGGCAGGGUGCAAGGUUUCGAAGAUGAGUAUCUGAGGAAGGUCGUCGAGGAAGUGUUUGUAAAAGUAGAUGAGUGCGUGAGGUGGGUGGGAGGUGUUUGGCAGGACGUGGUUCGGGCAGGGGUUGUCGAUCGUGAGUAUGCUGUAUAGGUUUGUAGAAUAUAACGAUGCAAGUCGAGCACGAUAAUCCUAGCACUGUUCGGCUUACUUGGACUCAGACGGACUGUUGUAUUUUGAUCUGGCCAGUACUAUUGGACCUUUUCGUGCACUCCCCAGUCACAUCUCCAAUACAUAUAAGAGCUGCGCCGGCAGGCACCUUGUUACCCG